GCUGUCCGCGGUGCUGCAGGAGCGGCCCCGAGCUCCCAAAAACCCCCCCGGCCAUGGGGGCCCGCGCCGCCGGCCCGGGGGGGGACGGCUACAACGAGGCGCUGCUGCACAAGACAAUCCUGGUUGGAGACAGCGGCGUGGGGAAGACAUCUCUGCUGGUCCAGUUUGACCAGGGCAAGUUCAUUCCUGGCUCCUUCUCCGCCACGGUGGGCAUCGGGUUUACGGUGAUGUUACUUGGAGACUCGGGCGUGGGGAAAACCUGCUUCCUGCUCCAGUUCAAAGACGGGGCCUUUCUCUCCGGGACGUUCAUAGCCACCGUGGGCAUAGAUUUCCGGAACAAAGUGGUGGUCGUGGACGGGGUGAAGGUGAAGUUGCAGAUCUGGGACACRGCAGGACAGGAGCGCUUCCGCAGCGUCACCCACGCCUACUACAGGGAUGCUCAAGCCCUGCUCCUGCUCUAUGAUAUCACCAGCAGGAUGUCCUUCGACAACAUCCGUGCCUGGCUGACAGAGAUCCAUGAAUAYGCCCAGAAGGACGUGGUCAUCAUGCUGCUGGGCAAUAAGGCUGAUGUGAGCAGUGAAAGGGCUGUGAGGACAGAGGAUGGAGCAUCACUGGCCAGGGAGUACGGGGUGCCUUUCAUGGAGACGAGCGCCAAGACGGGCAUGAACGUGGAGCUGGCCUUCCUGGCCAUUGCCAAGGAGCUGAAGCAGCGCGCAAUGCAGCCRCUGGACGAGCCCCACUUCCAGAUCCACGACUACAUCGAGUCACAGAAGAAGAAAUCCAGCUGCUGUGCCUUCUCCUGAGGGUGGCCCGGAGGAGCUGGCGGCCUGGGGGCCCAGGCAGGAGGCAGAGCAGGGCUCAAUCCCGCCCUCAGCGCCGGAGGGAACCGAGCUCUGGCAAGCCAAGGUGGACGGGACAGCACAGCGGGGCAGAGUGCACCAGGAGGGCCCCUGUAUUGCUGCCAGGAUCCUGAUCCUGCUGUCUGUGGAGCAAUGACCUGUGUGCCACCGUGGGAAUCACUGUGGUGUGGUGACUGCCAGCCUGGCCAGCGAGCCAUGGUGACCCCUCACACCCAUCACGAGCAAGGUGCAGAACACAGCCAAACACCUCACUGAGGAACCCUCGGAGCGGCUGGAGGGGCUGGGCCAUGGAAGAGCCCCCUGCAGCCCCCAGUCCUGUCCUCCCCUGCAGCCAUCCCUGCUCUCAGCACUGCUGUUGUCCAGCUGGAAGGGUCUGAUCCAUCCCCCUGUCCCUGGUGCUGCCAGGCUCUGGCUUCUCUCCAAGGAUCCCCAGCUCUGCCCCCGGGCUGCCCCACGCCCUGGUGCCCACGCUCGGCUGUGGCUCCUCAUUGCUGCGGUUACUGCCAUUGGCUUUUAUCCUCCUGCCACCACUCAGAAAGCAGAGAUGUCCCCAUUGUGUCCUGGCUCUGCUCAAGGGAAGGGCUGGGAUGGGGAAGGGCCCAGCCAAACCUGCUCCCUGCCCACACAGCUGGUGUGAGAAGUGAAAUUCCCCUGGRAGCAUCUGGGAGAUGCUUGGGGCAUUUCUGGUACACACAGCAWUUAGGAAGAAAUUUUGCUUUCCCCAUGUUGUAGCCACAGGAAUCAGAGAAUUUAUAUUUUUUAACAAGAAAAGCCUUUUUCUCUUCAAUCCGUCCAGGCUAAACCAUCUCCAGCCUCACAYAGGAGAUGUCCAYGGUGGCAUCUCCUGGGGUGAUGCUCCAGCGCUGCUGACUCGCAGGUCAGGCUGGGUUUCUCUUUCAUUACUGCCCAUGUAAUACAGCUAUUCCUCCCUGAUGCUGGCAAAUAGCAGCUGGAAUCUGCUUUCUGGAGAGCAGAGGCCUGAGACCCCUCAGCCAGCACACGCUGGGCACUGGUGAGGCUCAGGGACAUCCCUGGUGCUCAGCCCAGCUCUGUUGCUCCCUCCAGCACGCUGUCCACUCCCCUGAGCACUACCCAGAGCGGUCAGAUGGUGAAUAUUUGGUUGUGCAGCUGAAGCACUGAURCAGAGAGCAGCUGUGGAGGGCAUGGCACUGCUGCACGUAGGAGUCAGGCACUGUCCAGCACAUCUGUCCCCAUCAGCAUCUUCCCUGGCACUGCGCCUGACUGCUCAUCUCUCACCUGCCCCAGUGCCUCCUUCACCUCUGCUCUGCUCCCGGGUCUCUCUUUGCAAGUUUACAGAUUAAAGCUGGGUAUUUUUGAGGCUUUGCAUCUGUCUGA